AAGUCCGCAGAAUCCAGUCAGUGAAAAGACCAUUUUCCUGGUUGACCAAAAGGAAGAGUCAACAAUAAUCGUUUAAAGAUGAUCAACCAUGACUUUUUUCAAUCAUCUUGAUCUAUCAGCUACUAUCAUAGAGAAGUUACCAAUAGAGUUAAAAGCCCUGGUAAAUCUUAAAUGGUUGGACUUGGAUUAUUCUUGGGACCUGCAUAAAAUUCCACAUCAGCUAAUAUCUCAUUUUUUGAAGAUGAAUGUGUUGAGAAUGUUGCAUUGUGGUUAUGGUUAUUCUCCAUCUGGUCAAGCAAUAACAGAAGAUACUGUUUUAUACAGUGGUGGUGAAUUAUUGUUGGAGGAAUUGCUCAACUUAAAAUAUUUAAACGUGUGGAGCAUCUGCUUUAGAAGUUCCAGUGCUCUCGGAAAAUUUUUGAGGUCCGCUAAGUUGCAGAUUUCUACUCAAUUUCUAUGCCUUCACUGCUUUGAUGAUUCAAAGUCGCUCAAUGUCUUAGCUUUAGCAUAUCUCAAUCAUCUUCAUACACUAAAUAUUCAUAGUUGUAAAUAUUUGGAAGAGUUGAAGAUUGAGAAUGUGCAAAAUUCACAACCUUAUUAUUCUCAAACCCUUUACACCGUUGGAAUAUAUAUGAUUGCUCCAAAUUCAGGCACAUGACAUGGCCUGUUUUUGUUCCAAACCUCAAGUUUCUUGAAAUACGUCUCUGUGAUGAAAUGGAAGAAAUAAUAAGUGUUAGAAAAUUGGGUAAAGGUUCAGAGAUGUGAGCAAAUCAAAGUUCUUUCGAGAAACUCCAAAGUCUUGAAUUGCGUAAUCUACAAGAUUUGAAGAGCAUCUAUUUGAAGGCUUUGCCUUUCCCUCAUCUAAAGAAAAUUUUAGUACAUGAAUGUCCAAAGCUUAAGAAGCUUCCACUGGAUUUCAAUAGUGCAAAGGAGCGUACAAUCGUUAUUAUGGGACCAGAAGAGUGGUGGAAAGAGUUGCAAUGGGAGGAUGAAGCUACUCUAAAUGCUUUUCUUCCUUGUUUCAAUUCUAACGAUCAGACAAAUCAGAUUAUUAAUAGUUGAUAUAAAGAUCAGGAUUAUAUGUUUUAAAAGGGCAUUGUCAUGGAU